CUCAAUCAAGACAGGAUUCAUCCGAGCCGAAGCCAACGUCGACGCCACCGAAGCUCCAUCCAAGCCUACUGGCGUUAGGAACUUGGGGUCCGAGACAACGCUGCUAACCCAUCACCACCGGGAGUCGAUUCUCGAGGCUGAAGACAGCACCAUGAGCGCAUCCGCGUUGACCGGCAGGACACUCACCCCAGCUCAGAGCGAAGAUGACCACGAACAAGUCGCGAAACCCAAGCCAUCCGCCGUUGCAGACAACAAACCUGCGAAGACCAAGCCAACACACCGCGCGUUGACCGGCAGGACACUCACCCCAGCUCAGAGCGAAGAUGACCACGAACAAGUCGUGAAACCCAAGCCAUCCGCCGUUGCAGACAACAAACCUGCGAAGACCAAGCCAACACACGGGAAGGACGGGGACGAAGAAGAGGAGACUUCAACCUCUGUAACACGUCAGCAAGCCGCUUGCCGGGCAAGGAAUGAUGACGCUGGCAAUGCCAUAGCCGACACGGCUCCUGUGCCCACGGGGAAGCUCGUGAUGCGGACUCGUUGGAUGCGCCUUCGCACCGUGAGAGCAGAGCAGGGAAGUUGGAGAAGUAGUACGAGAAGGACCCCUCCAAACCGUACCCACUGUUGAGGGACCGAAA